AUGGCGGCGCUGGGAGGGAGGGGGCGGGCGGCGGCGGCGCUGCUGCUCCGGGGAGCGGGACCGGGAGCGGGACCGCGCCGGCACCGGCACAAGGAGAAGUGGGCUGCCACGGCCCCACGCAUCCCAUCCACACGGCUGGCACUGCAUCACUUCGACACCAGCUACAGCUUGCACCUGGGGGCCCUGUGGCCCUCAGUCCGUGCUGGCCUGCUCUGUGAGCAAAAGUAUGGGGCCCUCCUCAACAACUUUGCUGCUGUUGACCAUGUUCCCCAAGAGCUGGAGCUGCUCAACGCCACCGAUUUCAUUUCUGAGGCCCCCCAAAAGGCGCAGCACUGGCAGCAGGGUGCAGCUGUGGGGGAAGCCAGAGGGUGCCAGGAGGGCUCUGGUGAGGGCAGGACUGUGAUGCAGGCACAAAUGAUGACGCAGGCAAAGAUGUCCCCACCACUUUGCACCUCCAUCAGCUCCAAAAUCAAGUGUUACACCUUCCCCAGGGGUGACAUCACGCGCUUCCGCCCUGCACGGCUGGAUGCUCUGGGGCUCCUCGACUAUUACCUGAUGGAUGCAGCCUCUCUCCUGCCUGUCCUGGCACUCAACGUGCGGCCAGAUGACUUUGUCCUCGACCUCUGUGCUGCUCCGGGUGGGAAGACUCUGGCUCUGCUGCAGACUGGGUUUUGUGGGCAUCUGGCAGCCAACGACAUCUCCGUUUCCCGGACAAAGAGGCUGUACCAAAUUCUCCAUAGCUAUGUCCCCAAAGAAGUCAGGGAUAAUGUGAGUGUCACGUCCUACGAUGGGAGGGACUGGAACCAGGUGGAAGGUGGCACUUUCCAUAAGGUGCUGGUGGAUGUUCCCUGCACGACAGACAGACACUCUGCCAUGGAGGAGGACAACAACAUCUUCCACAAGAGGCGAACCAAAGAGCGUCAGAUGCUGCCCAUGCUGCAGCUACAGCUGCUGAUGGCUGGGAUCCUGGCAGCCAAGCCAGGAGGGGAUGUGGUUUAUUCCACGUGCUCCCUGUCCCCGCUACAGAAUGAGUGUGUGGUGGAGAGGGCUCUGAACAUUGCAGAAGCCCAGUUCAACAUCACUGUCCACGUUGAGGAUUUGAGCCACUUCCGGACACUCUUCCAGGACACGUUUUCCUUCUUCUCGGACUGCCGGCUCGGGGAGCUUGUCCUGCCUCACCUCACAGCCAACUUUGGGCCAAUGUAUUUCUGCAAAUUACGUCGGAUGUAGAAGGGGCCACAGACCCUGUUUGCUGUCAGGAAAUAGCCCAAUAUUUAAGGGGAGGCAGAACUGCUUUAUAUUUAUUUUUCUUUCUAAAAUGUCCCAAAAGAAGCCUGCUUUUUUACUGCAGACAUAGGAAGUAAAUGAGAAAGACCUGCUGUGGUGUUUUCUGAAUAUUUAUCUG